UCAAGCACAAUAAGGAGCGCGGCAAGUAACGGGAUUUUGUUCAUAUUAACACAACUUUUAUCAAAUUAACGACGAGUCAUUGUCGACUUGCACAUAUUUGGACACUUGUUCACUUCGCCGUGGAGCUCGCUGGUAGUUUGUGUGGAAGAAACUGACUCAGCGUGACAACCGUGCGAGACUUUAGUUGUUGCUAAAAACACCGCAAAGUCGCUCUACAUAUGCGCAGCGGAGGCGCCUUUGUUUUUAUUUGUCAGAAACAAUCAAGACCAAAAAAAAACGUAACUUCCUUCCUUCCUGCUGAUUCAACCACAGGUUUUGGACGCAGGUCUUGUGCAAAGAGGUAGUUGCAAAGGUAGAGAUGGUGUUUGUUUCCUGUUCUCUCCACAAAAAAGACAGUCAUCCUCAGCGUUACUUGACGUCUGACUCGUAGAGUGCCAUGUUUACGCUGUCUGCACCUGAAAUUUUGCACAAGAAAUGGCAUCAGCGAAAGCUUUACAAGAGUGGUGCCGCGUCACAUGCGCCAAUUACCCCACUGUGGAAAUAAAGAACAUGUCCACUUCAUUCAGAAAUGGACUCGCGUUUUGUGCCAUCAUCCACAAACACCGGCCUGACUUGAUAGAUUUCAGUUCCCUCUCCAAAGAUAAUGUUUAUGAAAAUAACAAACUGGCAUUUGAGGUCGCAGAAACAAAACUGGGGAUCCCGACAUUGCUGGAUGUAAAAGACAUGGUCUCCUCCAAGGUGCCAGAUUGCCUCAGCGUCAUCACCUACCUCUCUCAGUACUACUACUUCUUCAACAAAAAGUCAUGUGCAGGUCCCUCUAGAUCGUGGUCACCACACGUUGCUGUCUUAAACAACAUCACAAAGAAUAAUAAAACUCCUGAUGGACAGAAACCUUUAAAGAGUUCAACAGAUCUGAAAACCAACAAAGAGGGUAAUUUAGCAAACACAAAGACACAAGCGGUGUGUAAUUUGUGUUUCAAGCCUGUCCACCUCAUACAGAGGCAUCUGGUUGAUGGAAAGGUUUAUCAUCGUAGCUGCUUCAGGUGCAAAUUGUGUGACUGCACCCUUUUACUGGGAUCUUACACACAAGGAAGGGAUUCUAGCUCCUUGAUCUGUGCUUAUCAUGUAACAAACAGCAAAGCUGCUUGUCAUGACAUCAAUCAGCAAAUCAGAUCUACUGAUAAUCGAACCAAAAGUGAGGUUCAGGCAGAGUUUUUCUCUCUGAGUGGAGCGGCUAUCAGCAGCUUGCCUCGUUACGCUCAGACGACAGAGUCACAGGGCAGACUGGUCAAUAAAACACAAACAGAGGGGAGCAGAAAGGUGGGAGACAGAGAAAAAGUGUUAGUUGGACUUCCUCAUCCUCCCCAACCAAGUGUUAAACAGAGGACUUUGACACCAGCUGAAAAAACCAGACUUGCACCCUCUGUGGUUGACAGUAAAGUAAAGUUAAAGACAGCAAAGACCUCUGAGCUCUCAUCAUCCUGUGCACAAGGAGCAGAGAGAAGUGUUCGUCCUGUUCCAGCACCCAGGCGAAGCUUGGACGCCUCUGCAGUUCCUGUUCCUGCACCGAGGACCAAAACCUUCCAAACAAUGAGUGGAUCCACAGCUGCAAACAAGCAAACGAAAUCUACACCUGGUUCUUCUCAUACCACCCUAACCAGGACAAGCCCUAAAGUGAAAACCAACCACCCCUGGAUGACCAUCGUGUACCCAGGACCCUGGACACAGCUGCCUCCAGCUGCAGCUCCUGUACCUGUUCCUCGAUCCACUUCCGUCUCCGCCGUGCGGGUGUCAUCAAAUAGACCCAAAAUGCCUCCUCCCAAUCCAUUUGAAGAGGAGGAGGUUGAGGACACUCAGGAGGAGGCUGCUGAACCUGAGUCUGCCAACCAGAGUAAACCUUCAGGGCCUGCUGUCCAUUCAGAGAACAGUGGGGACACUCAUGCUGUGGUUUGUUCAAGGGAUGCCAAAAAUCCUUUUGAAUCUGAGCAGGAAGCACUUUUCAGAGAGGGAGGUAAGGAUGCAGCAGCUGCCCCCGUGAAAGACGUUUCUGUAGUUACAAGCAUGGCAGGGACGUUGGAUGGACUAUCCAGAGACAGUAAUCGGACUAAAUCAUCACAUGUGACAGCAGCAGAUCUGAGCUCCACUUCAGCAGAUUGUCACAUUUUACCCAGAAGUCUUUCUGUUCCAGCGAUCACAUCUGAUCACUCUCAGACUAACUGUGAGCCUGUCAGGCUAAAGGAUCCGUCUGCUGCAUCAUGUCAGAGUAAGCCAGCAUGUAAAGAAAAUCCUUUUGACCAGAAACCUGAAAUGUCCAAAUCACAGACAUUUCAGAACCACUCAUCCAGUCGAGGCCCUGCUCCUGGCUAUGGCUUUCCCCUCAUCAAAAGGAAGGUGCAGACAGAUCUGGAUGUUUCCUCGAAAGACCUGCAGGUGCAGGUGAGAGACCUGGGAAGACAUCUGGAGGCACUGGAACAACGAGGAGUCGAACUGGAGAGGAAUCUCAGAGACUGUAAAAAGGGUAAAGGAGAGGAGCAAAUGCUAACAGAGUGGAUCUCUCUUAUCCAUGAGCGUCAAAUUCUGUCAUGCAAAGACAUAGAACUGGUCUAUCUGACAAAACAGCAAAAGUUAGAGGAUAGACAAGCAGAUGUGGAGUAUGAGCUCAGAUGUCUCCUCAAUAAACCAGGGAGUGAGUGGCGUCAGGAGGAUCGAAAUCAGGAGCAGCAGCUGAUGGAUGAGCUGGUUGCCAUCAUUGAACAGAGGAACCAGAUUGUCAGCAGCUUGGAUCAGGACAGAGAGAGGGAAAGAGAAGAAGAUGUGCUUUGGGAAGGCAAGAUGAAGAACAAAGACUUCCAGAGGGAUGGAAAUAAUGAGCUCAAGAAAUCAAAAGGAAAAUUCAAGCCUUCAAAAGUGUUUAAAAUCCUGAACCCUAAAAGAGAAAACAGUAAAGACUCUGAGAAAAAGAGCUGAAAAACUCUUUGCCCACCUCAAGUUUUUUAUUAAAUUUUUUUUUUAUGAAUCUAUAUGAUUUUAUUAUCCUAAAUAUUAGAACCGCUUGCUACAGAUGUUGGGUCUGAGUUACAGCUUGGGCAAGUUUUGAGGUUCGAAACGGCUGUUUCAUUGUUUAAACGCUGCAAGUUUGUUGGUAAGGAUAGAUACAGGGUGCACUGAUCAGCUCAUAAAGUUUAAAAAUCCAUGGCUCAAAAAUUUCCCUAAACACACAUAUCCCCGUUAACGUUUGAAUUUAUUGUAUUACAUAAUUUAUAUUGAUAUGUUUCAAGCCUCUGGUGUUUCAGUGUAGCUGAAUCUUGCCUUUAAAUUUUGCUCCAGCAUCUUUUAUUUUAAAAAGACCAAAUCUUAAUACACUGCACAUGAAUAAAAGUUGUGUAUGGAAAUACAAGUGCCUGUUAACUUAAUUGGAAGUAUGACCAGAAGAUAUCACUCUGAAAUGGUUCCUUUUCCCAGUAGAUUACUUGCAUUAAUUCUUUUAUUUGUAUUGGACAUGUGAUUGGUUGGUAGAGCAUCCGUCUCCAUUGUGGGAGACCAGGGUUCGAAUUCCCCAGGGAACGAAUAUUAACACCUUCUAGUUGUGUCCUCAGGCAAGACCCUUAAUGCCACAUAACCACUGUAAGUCGCUUUGAUGAAAGUGUGAGCUAAUGACUCUAAUGUAAAAUUUUAAGAAAUGCUAUCUUUGCAUAUGCUAAUUUGGCUAUUAUAUGUACUGGGUUGCUUUGAGUUGGAUAUUUAACAUCAAAAUCCAAUAGAGAUUCCUAGUUCAGUAAUUUGUUUACUUUUGUAUAUGUUUGGUUUGAAUUUAUUAAAAAUGAAUUAUUUUUGUAGGAAAUAGUUUUUUUGUAACAUGUAAAACAUAAUUGAAUUUUGUUUACUAUUUGGGGUGUUUUGCACCUGAACUGUGAGCGGCUUAAACAGUGGGACACCACAUGCAAAAAAAUAUUUUAAAAUUUUGGAAAUAUUAUACCUAAGUGCACAUUUAUGUCUAUUUUUCAACUAAUUUUCUCUCUCUCUCUCUUUUUUUUUUUUUUU